CCGGGCGGCGGGAGCCCGGCCGCGCUCCAGGUGCUCGGCGCUGCACGUGUUGCAGCCGGCGCUGCCGGCCGCCCUCCGCCCCGCUGCACACGGGCCCGCUCCGCUCCGCUCCGGAGGAGGCAGCCGGGGCCGGCGGCGGCAUGGAGCGCGGCGAGGAGCGGCGGCACCUGCUGCACGAGCCCGCGGCCGGGCCCUGCCUCGGCGUGUCGGGGAAGGAUUUCCACAGCUCCGUGCUCAGGUACAUGCCGGACCUGGCCUCCAUCGAGCUGGGGGUACAGGGCAGCCAGCACUGCCACUCGCAGCGGGUCACCGACGACCACGGCGGCUCCGAUAAGGAGCGGGCGCGAAGGAAACUCUACCUGGCGUCGCUGAUCUGCCUGGUCUUCAUGACGGGGGAAGUUAUAGGGGGAUACCUGGCCCACAGCCUGGCCAUCAUGACGGACGCGGCCCACCUGCUGACGGACUUCGCCAGCAUGAUGAUCAGCCUGUUUUCCCUGUGGAUGGCCUCACGCCCGGCCACCAAAACCAUGAACUUCGGCUGGCACCGAGCAGAGAUCCUGGGGGCCCUGCUCUCGGUGCUGUCCAUCUGGGUGGUGACGGGUGUCUUGGUCUACCUGGCUGUGGAGCGGCUGCUCUCCAACGAGUACGAGAUCCGAGGGGAGGCCAUGCUCAUCACCUCAGCCUGCGCCGUGGCCGUGAAUCUCAUGAUGGGUGUUUCCCUCCACCAGACCGGGCAUGGCCACAGUCACCACGGCCAUGAACACGGUCCCCACGGCCCUGAUGCCCAGCCCAACCCCAGUGUCCGUGCCGCCUUCAUCCACGUGGUCGGGGACCUGCUGCAGAGCAUCGGUGUCCUGGUCGCUGCCUACGUCAUCUACUUCAAGCCGGAGUACAAGUUCAUGGACCCCAUUUGCACCUUCCUGUUCUCCUUCCUGGUCCUGGGCACAACGCUGACUAUCCUCCGAGAUGUGGUGCUGGUGCUGAUGGAAGGGACCCCGAAGGGGGUAGACUUCAACAGCGUAAAGGAGAUCCUGCUGUCCAUCGAUGGCGUCAAAGCCCUGCACAGCCUCCACAUCUGGGCUCUGACCGUGUCUCACCCCGUGCUGUCCGUCCACAUCGCCAUCAACGAGAACGCGGAGGCUCAGGCUGUGCUGAAGGAGGCCAGCGCCCGCCUGCAGCGCGAGUUCCACUUCCACACCACCACCAUCCAGAUCGAGAACUACUCGGAGGACAUGCGGGACUGCCAGCAGUGCCAGAGCCCCUUCGACUGAGGGCUCCUGCCCCGGGCAGACCCCGCACUGCCCUGGGCCGGUGGCAACCUCGAGGCGCUUCAGCUGGGACUCGAUGUUCUCA